AUGGGAGCACUGGACUCCUUCAAUGUGGAGGCCAUGAUCCCUCAAGAUUUAUCGACCAACUUCUACCUUUACAAUGGCUCUGGUACUACUCCUGAUUGUGAGGAAGUUAUGGUAUGGGUUGUUGCUAAGACCAUCCAGACAAUCAGCGAGGAUCAACUGAAUAGGCUGAGGACACUAAGGCAUAAUGGAGUCUCUAUUGGCCCUAACUAUCGUCAAACCCAAGCAUUGAAUGGGAGGAGGAUUCUUGACUCCACCCUUACAGACAACAAUUCUGUCCCUAAACCUUUCAGAGCAUCUUGGUUCAUACUUAUUCUUAUCAUCAUCGUUCCAUCGUUGAUCAUAGGGAAGUGA